UCCCGGGGAGAGGCCCUUCCGGGUCGGGCGGCGGCGGCGGCGGCGGUUCCGGCGGCGGCGGCGGCGGCGAGUUCAGUAACGGCCCGAGCCCUGGGGCUCGGUCUCGGCCCCCAGCCGCCCUCGGGCCCGACGGGAGCGGGGCCGUGGCCGCGGGCGGAGCGGCCGCCAUGUCCGUGUUCCGCUCGGGCCUCCUGGUGCUGACGUCGCCCCUGGCCGCCCUGGUCCCGCGCCUGCCGCCCAUCCUGUCGGCGGCGGCCCAGCUGGUGGAGGACACGCUCUACGUCCACCUGCAGCCCGGCCUGAGCCUCAGCGGCCCCGCCCAGCCCCGCUCCACCUACGUGGCCGCCACCUCCGAGGUCAUGGACUUCCUGACCCGCCUGUACGCCGGCGCGGACGCCCACUCCCCGCUGGACAUCCGCGUGCUGCUGACCAACAUCCGGGCCAAGGGCCAGGCCCCCUCCGGCUCGCUCGGCUCCGUCCAGAACCUGUCCCACCCGCCCGAGGUGGUGCUGACCGACUUCCAGACGGGCGACGGCGGCCAGUACAACCCGGUCAAGCAGCAGCUGGAGCGCUACGCCACCAGCUGCUACAGCUGCCGCCCCCACCUAGUCUCCGUGCUGCUCUACCCCGAGGGCGGGACGGGGGCCGAGCCCCGAGAGCUGGCGGGGCCGGGACUGGGGUCGUCGGGCCCCACCCAGGAACCUUCCCCGCCCGCCCUCAGCAAGCCCCUCUGUGGGUUCGGCCACGUGGCGGUGGGUGGCACGUUUGACCGGUUGCACAACGCCCACAAGCUGCUGCUCAGCGCCGCCUGCCUCCUGGCCGAGCAGCGGCUCCUGGCCGGGGUGGCCGACGGCAAUCUGCUGGAGACCAAGGUGCUGAAGGAGCUGCUGCAGCCGUUCUGCGAGCGGUGGCCCGGCUCAGCCAGUUCCUGUGGACCGAAGCCGUCCCUUGCGUUUCGACGUGGAGCCGCUGCUGACCCCACCGGGCCGGGCGGCACCGACCCCGCCCUGCAGUGCAUUGUGGUCAGCGAGGAGACCGCGCCAAGGGCGGGGAGGGCCGUCAACCGGCGGCGGCUGGAGAACGGCCUGGAGGAGCUGGAGCUGUUUGUGAUCCCGCUGCUCAGGACCCGCAGCCAGCGGACAACGAGGAGGAAAGGUCAGCUCCUCCAACUUCCGUCACCGGCUGCUCGGGACCCUGCUGCGCGCCCACAGAAGCAUCCUGGCCUGCCCCCCCGCCCCUACGUGAUCGGCCUGACGGGCAUCAGCGGCAGCGGGAAGAGCUCGGUGGCGCGGCGGCUGGAGGCCCUGGGGGCGGAGCUCAUCGACAGCGACCGGCUGGGACACCGCGCUUAUGCCCCCGGGGGCCCUGCCUACCAGUCUGUGCUCCAGGCCUUUGGGGCCGACAUCCUCCAUGAGGACGGGACCAUCAACCGCAAGGUGUUGGGCAGCCGUGUUUUUGGUAACAAGGAGAAUCUGAAGACCCUCACGGACAUCGUGUGGCCCGUCAUCGGCCAGCUGGCCCAGGAACAGAUCAUGGCGGCCGCUGCCCGAGGCAAGACUGUGUGCGUGCUGGAGGCCGCCAUGCUCCUCGCCGGCUGGUCCACCAUGGUGCAUGAGGUGUGGACGACGGUCGUGCCCAAGGCCGAGGCCGUGCGGCGCAUCAUGGAGCGGGACGGGCUGAACGAGGAAGCGGCCCUGAGCCGCCUGCGCAGCCAGAUGAGCAGCCAGGAGCACGUGGAGCAGAGCCACGUGGUGUUGUGCACCCUGUGGGAGCCCCACGUCACGCAGCGCCAGGUGGAGAAGGCCUGGGCCUCCCUGCAGGCAGCGCUUGGGGCAGCAGUAGCUACCCGGCCCCCGCCCCGGAUGAGUCGAUUGCGGGGUGACCGGCCCCCCCCCACCCCGCCCCUGAUGGGCUGAUUGUCAGUGAUUCCCCGCCCAAGCCUACCGGCCGGACGUAUCUCAGAGGAGGCAGAGCCGAGCGGAGCCCGGGAGAGCUGGACCCGGGGACCGAGGGCCAGGGUGCGGGCCCGCUCCCACCUCCCCGCCCGCCUGCCGGGGCCCCCACCCGGGGACCGCCGCUGUUCGGGGUUGGGGGGGAGAGGGGGGCGGGCCCUUCCCCUGCCCCCGCCCCGGGCCCUUCCUCUGCCCCUGCCCCGGGCCCCAGCUGGACCAAUUAAAGGCAAAUUUGGGGGC